AUGGAGGCCCCUAAUCCCGCGGAGAUGACGCACCUGUUCGGUACAAAAUACUUUGAGCCCAAGGGCGUGGUCAAGGCGCAUCUCAUCAUCAACUGCUGCUUGGUGGCCUUGACACUGAUAGUCAUCUGUCUGCGCAUGUUCGCUCGCUACGUCUCUGGAGCAAAGCUGUGGUGGGACGACUGGCUUAUUCUUGCUGCCGUGCCCCAGGGUAUUGGCAUGCUUAUCAUCCAAGGUUUAUGGAUUGGAAUGGGUAUCGGCUACCCCUUUUCAGAGACCUACAUGAACCUGGUCACUAUCCUCAAGCUGUUGGUCUCGUAUGAACUCAUCUUUGCCACAUGCAUCAGCACCGUCAAGCUGUCUGUCAUGUUUUUCUACCUGCGCGUAUUCGUCAAUCAGGGCCUGUGCACUGCUACCAAGAUUGCCAUGACCUUCGUCCUGCUCUGGAGCACAGGCAACAUUCUCCAGGUUUUCUUGAUCUGCCGUCCCUUUAGGGCUACCUACGAUCCCAUGUCUGCUCCGGACGCCGUGUGCGGCAGCCAGCAGGCAUCCUUCAUUGCCAUUGGCGCCUUCAACGUUGUCACUGACGUUGUGAUUUUGGCACUGCCGCUGCCUACCGUCUGGAGCUUGAAGAUGAACUGGAGUACCAAGGCCGGUCUGACGGGCGUUUUCCUGAUCGGUUUGCUUACUUCGGUCGUCGCUAUCAUCCGUAUCGUCACUCUCGUUGGCCUCGACAUGAAUAACCUUACUGGCACCAUGAUCUACGCCGACUUCUGGUCUACCGUCGAGCCUAACCUGGCUAUUCUCUGCGUUAGUAUGCCCAUGCUGAGCUCUCUUUGGGCUCGCUGUACCACCCGUAGAGGAGCUUCCAAGCUAGCGCCUACUUCGGACGGCACCGCUACUUUCGGUGGCACGAACAACAGCGGCUUCAACAAGCUGAAGAACAGCAGCCACUUGGCUGAGGAGGACCACAUUGGCUUGGAGAGCCUGUACGCUUCCAACAAGGAAAUCCACUACCAGUCCGCUGUGGCAGCUUCGGGAGAGAAGGAGCACCACAACAAUCACAACAGGCUGGCCAGCAGGGAUGAUGGCUCAGAGGUUGCGCUGACCCCCGAACCGGGAUCUUUCAAAGAUCCAGGUGUUAUUACGGUUCAGACGAAGUGGACCAUUUCUGUUGACCAGACUCACUAA